CAUAAAAAUCACUGUCCUUCAAUGCUGGCCGUUCAGAAGGCCAUACAAAUCUGCCCUCUGUCCUCUUCCUUCAUCAGAAGAAUAGCUAUGAUGGAGACACUCGAUUUUCUAUACCCAUCCUCUUCCUUCAUCACAACCAUGUCUAUGAUAAAUAUUCUAGGAUUAUCCUUCUUUGGAUUCCUUGAAAUGAUGGGAAUUAAUCUUCAGUAUUCCAAAUUAUGGAAUCCUAAUUCCAAGAGAAUCAAAGUCUCCAGCAGAACGGGGAUGCUUCUACUGUACACUCCGGCCUUUCUGGUGGGUUUUGCUUCCUUUUGGAUUUUCCCAGAAAAAGGUUUCCGACCUCUGUUGGUCACUACAGCUCUUACCAUCCAUUUCUUCAAGAGAGUUUUGGAGGUGCUGUUUGUACACAAAUACAGUGGUGGCAUGGUCCUGGAUUCUAUCAUUCUCAUCUCUUCUGGCUAUUCUACCACCACUGCAACCAUGAUCCAUGCCCAACACAUUGCUCAAGGGUUUAUGGAGCCAGCAAUUGAUCUCAAAUGCCCUGGGAUUCUACUGUUUUCAGUGGGAAUUUGUGGUAAUUUUUACCACCACUACCUCCUUUCCAAACUAAGGGGAAAAGGAAUGUGAAGAAACUAUAUGAUCUGAUGAUGCUUGCGUCUCUUGGGAGUUGGAUGACACAACUCUAAUGGCAUCAACAUUGAAUAAUUCAUUAUCUUGAAGCCAACAAAGAUCAAGGGGGAGGAGGGGAUCUUCUUUCUCCGCAAUCCAUUCAUCAUCGGAAUCAAUCUCCUCUACCAAGAUUGGAUCAACAUGUUGUUUCCUUUGUAGACUUCGCUCUCUCAAUCUAGUGUUGUACCUUACAUACACUAGAGCAUUCAACCUUUGAUGUUCAAGUCUAUUUCUUUUUUUUGUAUGGAUCUACAAAUAAUAAAAGAAACAAUUUUAUGUGUUAAAAUGAAAUAAA